AUUAUGUUGCGAAGAUACAGCGCGAAAUGACAAACCAAUGUGCAGCAUCGAACUCGAUCUGCUUGCAGUGCAAUCAAAAAACUAUAUCCGAUGCCGAAGAUGUGUGCUUAAGGAAGUACGAACAGGAACAUGGCAUUAUUUCUAGAGGCCUGAUGUCCGGCAAUGACAAACGACUGUGCUGCACGUUGGACUACAAGAAGAAUUGUGUUCCAGACCAACUAAAAGCUAAAGGAUGUGAUGAACAACUUAUUCAGAAUUAUGUUGCAAAGAUACAGCGUGAAAUAACAAACCAAUGUGCAGCAUCGAACUCGAUCUGUACCGUUUGCCCUCAAGGAUUACUAGACAGUGCCAAGAGUACCUGCUACUACAAUUACCAAAAUGAUCAAACUGCAUCCCAACUGCAUUGUUGUAUGAUCGAAUACAGCAGGACUUGUGUUCCGGAAAUACUCGCAAGACAAGGAUGCGAUGUGACGGUUCUUCUUGAGCGGUUCUUCAAGGACAUAAACGCUGAUUGUGGAACAUCGAAGCCAGUCUGCUUGGAGUGCAAUCAGAAAGCAAUAUCCGAUGCGGAAGAUGUGUGCUUGAGGAAAUACGUACAGGAACACGGCAUCAUUUCUAGAGGCCUGCUGUCCAGCAAUGAAAAACGACUGUGCUGUAUGUUGGACUACAAGAAGAAUUGUGUUCCAGACCAAUUAAAACCAAAAGGAUGUGGUGAACUACUUCUUCAAAAUUAUGUUGCAAAGAUACAGAGUGAAAUGAGAUACCAAUGUGCAGCAUCGAACUCGAUGUGUACCGUUUGCCCACAAGGAAUAUUAGACAGUGCAAAGAGUACCUGCUACAACAAUUAUCAAAACGAUCAAACUGCAUCCAAACUCCAUUGUUGUAUGAUCGAAUACAGCAGGACUUGUGUUCCGGAAAUACUCGAAAGACAAAGAUGCGACGAGACGUUUCUUCUUGAGCAUUUCUUUAAGGACAUCAACGCCGACUGUGGAACAUCGAAGCCAGUCUGCUUGGAGUGCACUCAAAACGCAAUAUCGGAUGCGGAAGAUGUGUGCUUGAGGAAAUACGAACAGGAACACGGCAUCAUUUCUAGAGGCCUGAUGUCCGGCAACGACAAACGACUGUGCUGUAUGUUGGACUACAAGAAGAAUUGUGUUCCAGACCAAUUAAAACCAAAAGGCUGUGGCGAACAACUUCUUCAAAAUUAUGUUGUCAAGGUACAGAGUGAAAUGAGAUACCAAUGUGCAGGAUCGAGCUCGAUGUGUGCCAUCUGUCCUACAGGAUUACUAGACAGUGCAAAGAAUACGUGCAACAACAAUUAUCAGAAGUUGCAAGACGCAUCCAAACUGCAUUGUUGUGUUAUGGAAUACAGCAAGACUUGUGUUCCGGAAAUACUCGAAAGACAAAGAUGCGAUGAGACGUUUCUUCUUGAGCGGUUCUUCAAGGACAUCAACGCUGACUGUGGAACGUCGAAGCCAGUCUGCGACGUUGCAUCAAAGUGCCCGAACAAAACGUUAUCACUUGCACAGACUGUCUGCGAAGAAAGCUUUCUGAGGGAACACGGCCUCGUCCUUCCCCCCGAAUAUGUGAACAAAGAGGCGAACAAAUGGUACUGCUGGUAA